AUGAUGGAGGGCUUCACCAAGCGAUCACUUACCUGGAUUGCUCUCAUUCUCUUCACAAUUGUCCUCGCGCUACAAGCUAGCUCUUACUUUCGACUCGCAUUCUCCAUGGAAACGAACCCAUCGACUCAAGAUGACACUACUGCCAACGUCGAGGUUACGGAUGCAGCACCUACCAUUGUGCGUUAUGAGCGAGACUAUCAGACGUUUUGGCACUAUUUGGCAUCAGUGAUAUUACUCUUUGUAUGUAUCGGCCUAAGGUCCCAGUUUCAGCAACGACAAGGCAACAAGAGGUAUGGAGUAUGGUAUUGCCGGAUACGACAUGCACUUGAAUACGAAUACCAGUUACUUGAUAUGCGAUUAUCACUUUCCAACACACUACCGAUGAUCGCACUCUUUUUGUUGAAUGCAUUCCAUGUGCUAGUUCGAGAUCGAGUAUUGGUAUCCGAGCAUCGUGAUUUGUUUCAUCAAGAAUACGCCAAUCGUUUCGCACAGCUAGCGGUCGUCAACAUGGCUGUUGCUAUUGCUUUAUCCGUGCGCCACAUCUCAACCUUUCCCAAUAAUCUUCAAUGGCAUCUAUGGUUUGCGAGUAUGGGUGGAAUGUGUGCACUCUACCAUGCCUGUUUCCAAUUAUCACGCAAUUAUGCACGUCAUGGCCAUCUUUUGGAGACUUUAUUUUCAAACGUACGCUAUACGACAGGAACCAUGAUGGCAACAGCAUUGAUAUCACUGGUGUUUGGAUCUCAUCCGUUGGUGCGACACGCAUCCUAUCGACUUUUCCGUAUAUCCCAUCUGGCAGCAUUUGCAGUAUUGGUCGCUGUUGGAUAUCUACAUCAUUGGGCAUUUGGAUUGAUCUAUGUGGCAGCUGCGUUCAUGUGGUUACGUGAUCAAUAUUGGCAAUACGUGCACACAGCACCAGCACGCGUGGUUGGAUUCAAGGCGCUCCCUGGCAACAUUAUCAAACUACAGGUGCAUCCAGCAUUUCAAAUCCCUGAUCAACAACCAUCUCAGUUUGCAUUUGUAUCUUGGGGAUGUUCAUCAUGGAUGGUAAGCAAAGUGUAUGCGCACCCUUUUUCCAUUAGCCGCUUUGAUCGAGACACAAUCGAUGAUACCCUUACAUUUUAUAUUCGGGCUGGUGGAAGAGAUACCUUGGCAUUACAUGAAAUGGCCAUCGCUGGAGAACGUCCCUCUCAUCUAAGAAUCAGUGCUCCUAUGGGUCAUUCAGAGUUGGAAAAUGGUCAACAAUUUGCGGAUUUUCAUGUGGUGGUACUCGUCGCUGAAGGGGUAGGCAUCACACCUUGGAUAUCAGUGAUACAGCAAUUGGGGCAACCAAAUGAAUGCAUCAAGACUAAAAAGAUUAUCGUAUUGUGGACGAUGCGGGAUACAGAUACAUUGCAUGCGAUGGUGGAUGAAUUGGCAAACGUUGAUUGCACACUACGUGUAUACACAACACGACAAUCCGAACCUGACAUGGAAGAAGGAUUCGACAUUCGACAUGGACGGCCUGAUUAUGCAACCGAAUUUGAAAAGAUUCGACAAGAAUACCCGAAUACACACGUGGCACUUGGUCUGUGCGCCCAUGGUGAUACGAUGCGGCAUUGUGGAAACCUUGCAAGACAUUACAGCCAUCCAGAAUCGAUAUGGUUUAUGAAACAGGAGCGAUUUGAAUUAUAG